CUGCCAUUGAAUGUGCGGUCUGUGUUUGGAUACCGGGUUGUGAAUGCGUCAGGUGUAGCGGCAUUAAAAUUCAUAUUAUUAUUGAAAUUGUAUGUAAUGGCCAGUGCAAAAAUGAGCCGUCGAACCAUUAAUCUACCUCCUCAGGGGCGCAGUCCUAGCCCCCAAGUUUCCACAAGCUCAGGGGAUCGUCAAAGAUCAAAUUUGAGCCCAACGCGGAUGUCGAGGAUUCAAGAAAAAUUCGAACUGCAAAAUUUAAACGAUAGGCUCGCAACUUACAUCGACACCGUACGAAAUUUAGAAGCUGAAAAUAACCGCCUGAAUUCCUAUAUACGUACGACACAAGAGACGACUACUCGAGAAGUUACUAAUGUAAAAAAUGUGUACGAAAGGGAAUUGGCCGACGUCAGAAAAACAUUGGAUGAAAUUGCUAAAGACAAGGCGAAAAUUCAACUUGCAGCUGACAAGUAUAAAAACGAAGCAGAUGAGUUUAAAGUCAAGUUAAACAAGAAGGAAAAAGAAUUAGCUAAUCUUGAAAAACAAGUGAAAACAUUUGAGUUACUAAAUCAAGAUCUUCAAAGACGUGUGAAUCAUCUGAAUGCAGAAAAUCGAAAAAUUGAAAAUCAGCUCAAAGAAGCCUUAGGUGAAAAUGAGAAUCUAACUCAGCAAGUGAAUAAACUGAAGAAAGAUUUGGAUAGGGAAACAAUAGCACGAGUAGAUAUGGAAAAUAGACUGCAGAGUGCUAAAGAAGAAUUGUCAUUCAAAGAAUCUGUUUAUCAACGUGAAAUCACUGAAACAAGACAUUUGAAGGAAACUGAAAUAUCAGAACUUAAUAGCCAAAUAGCUGAAAGCUAUGAGCAGAAAUUAGCUGAUACUUUGCGUGAUCUGAGAGAACAGUAUGAAACCCAGCUGCAAAUGAAUAAGAAUGAUAUAGAAACUUUGUAUGAAACUAAGAUUGCUGAUUUGCAGAAGAAACUUGAAAGGAACUCUGAUUUUGCAUCUUCAUAUCGAGAUGAAAUGAGGUCCCUAAAGUCAAAAGUAGAAACUCUAAACUCAAAGAAUUCAGCUUUGGAAAGUACUAAUUCAUCUCUAAUGAACAGAAUCAAAGACUUAGAAAAACUCCUAGAGCAAGAAAGAGAAUGGAAUAACGAAGCACUGAAUGCAAAAGAUGAAGAACUUUGUCAUCUGAAAGAAGAAAUGGAUCGUCAAUUGUCUGAAUAUCGUGAUUUGCUUGAUAUAAAAGUUGCUUUAGACUUGGAAAUAGCAGCAUAUAGGAAAUUGCUUGAAGGAGAAGAAACAAGGUUAAACAUAAGUCCAUCCAGCUCUCGGUGUUCUAGUCCACAAUCUACUACAACUACACCUUCAAGAUAUGCUAAGAAAAGGCGUAUUUUAACAGACACUGAGCGAACUGGCUCAGGGACACAAGUGCAAGCAAGGGCUACUGGUGAUAUUGAUAUUUCUGAUCACUGUGUGAAAGGAAAAUACGUGAAAAUACAUAAUAAAGGAAAACAAGAAAUCUCUUUAGGAAGUUGGCAGUUAGUUCAGAAAACAGAUGAAGCUGAAGUGACUUAUAAAUUUCCUAGAUCUGCUGUCAUUAAGCCAAACAUGACAGUAACUGUUUGGAGCUCUGACAGUGGAGCUAGUCAUAACCCACCUCAAAACUUAGUGAUGAAGAAUCAGUCUUGGUGUUCAUCAACAUCUCUUGUUACUCUCCUUUUGAAUAACAGUGGAGAACAAACAGCAUUUAGAGAAUCAGUAAGAACAAUGGAUUUGUCUGAGAUAUCUCAUAUUGAAGAAUAGUAAAACAGUAGGAAAUCAUCUAUUUGGACUAAUUUUGCAUUAAAAGCAUAUUAGAAGUGUUAUUUUUUAUGUGUUAAACUUAAUAUUACAAAGAACAGUAUGAGUUAUGGUAACGUUUUGAUCAGCUGCAAAUUUCCUGUUGAAGAACUCAAGUAAAAAUUGUCCUUGCUCUUAGAGAUCAUAGUAGAAUGCUUUUACCAUUAGUCUUAUAAAUGCAUUUUAAAUUUUUGUUUUUUUCAUUUACAACUGCAUUUAGUGAUUCUUUAAUGUCCUUUUAUUUAAUUUAAAAUUGUUUCUAAAAAUAUUUAAUGUAAAUGUUGCAAUAUUUAUUCCAGAAUAUUAGUAUUUAUUUUUCAACUUUUCUGUGAUUUUUUUCAAAAGUUUCAGUGUCUAAUUUGUAGAAUUCUCAGCAUGUAGAAUAUGCUUCACGAUAUUAUCGAGAGGAGAAGAUAUUUUGUUUUGAUUAUUAUUUUCUUUGUUAUUUUACUUAUUGUUACAUUAUAUACAUGUUUCUUUUUGAUAUUCUUUUAUAUUUAAUUUUUUUUUUGAAAUGCUCGUUUGAAAUUAUUAAAAACUCCUGCUAUUUUGAAAUGUUGAUGUUUGAGACUUAUAAAGAAAGCAAUAUUUUGCUGACCGUAAUCAAAAUCUUUAUUAAUAGAGCCUUAUGCCUAUAAUGCCUUAUAUAAAUCAAAGAAACUAUUAUAUAAGUUGAAAAAUGCCUUAUCUUACUUAUUUGGCAUGAAAACAGAUGUUAAAUAUUUUGCUAUUCCUUUUUGUACACAAGGUCUAAAUCUCUGUGAAAUAACAUUUGAAUAGAUACUUCUUUGUAUAGUAAACUACUUCCAUAAUAACAAAAUUAU